GCUUUUGAGGAAUUUGUGCAGACCUUCGAUGAAGAGCCAGCGGCGUCUAAGGGAAAGGUGUGGGUGAAAGCUGGAACAUUCAAUGCAGGCACCAGAGAGGAAACCACCAAGGAAAAAGGCCAGCUGUACAAGCCCAGUUCUCGGUUUGAGCCUUCUGAACGCAAACCCUCACCGGAGCCGACCAGGAGCAGAAUCGAGAGAAUCGUCAGGAAAAAAGAUGGCAAAAAGAAGAGCAAUUUGGAAUUGUUCAAGGAGGAGCUUAAAAGGAUCCAGGAGGAGCGCGAGGAGCGGCACCGGCUGAAGGAGCAGAUGAAGGAGGCCACCUCGUCGGGCCGGGUGUCCCGCUUCGACACGCCGGAGCUGCCGCCCAUCACGCCGUCGCCGCUGAGUCUCGAUGUUCCCAACCCGUAUGGCUCGUUCGACAGCGGGGAUCCGACCACCACUAACUUGUACCUGGGCAACCUCUCCCCCAAGCUGUCGGAGCAGCGGCUGAUGGAGAUAUUCGGCCGCUACGGCCCGCUGGCCAGCAUCAAGAUCAUGUGGCCCCGCAACGACGAGGAGCGGCUGCGCGGCCGCAACUGCGGCUUCGUCGCCUUCAUGACUCGUCGCGAUGCCGAGGCUGCGCUGGAGGACCUCAGCGGCAAGGACGUGGAAGGUUAUGAGAUGAAGCUGGGCUGGGGCAAGGGCGUGCCCAUCCCGCCACAGCCCAUCUACAUUCCGCCGGCGCUGAUUGAGGUCUCGAAGCCUCCGCCGCCCUCCGGGCUGCCCUUCAACGCCCAGCCGCGCAAGAAAGACAAGGAGAAGUUACCGCUGAGUGACCAGAUGCCCGAGGACCCGGCGGCCAUGGAGCAGUUCAACAAGAUGUUGCAAAGAGCCGUUGUCAAAGUUGUCAUCCCUACAGAAAGGGCCAAGCUGAUGGUCGUCCACCGCAUGGUGGAGUUCGUGGUCCGCGAGGGACCGCUCUUCGAGGCCAUGAUCAUGAACAAAGAGAUCGACAACGACAUGUACAGGUUUCUGUUUGAAAACCAGAGCGCCGAUCACAUCUACUACCGCUGGAAACUGUACAGCCUGCUGCACGGCGACUCGCCGCAGCGCUGGCGCACGGACGAGUUCCGCAUGUUCAAGGGCGGCUCCGUGUGGAAGCCGCCCCCCAUGAACCCGUACAUGAUGGACCGCGACCACCACAAGAAGCCGGAGCCCGAGUCGAAGCGCAACAAGCUGCUCUCAGCGUCGCAGCGGGUGCGGUUCGAGUCGCAGCUGCGGCACAUCGCGCCCGAGCGGGACGUCAUCGCCGAGAUCAUGGUCUGGUGCCUGGACCACGCCGACAGCGCCGAGGAGAUCUGCCUCUGCAUCACCGAGGCGCUCUCCACCGCCAGCAGCCGGCUCACGUCCAAGAUCUCGCGUCUGUACCUGGUCUCCGACAUUCUGCACAACUGCACGGUUAAGGUGGCCAACGCCUCCAAGUUCCGCAAAUGACGGAGGGCGAGGCCGGCGGCGACGACUCGGACGACGUGGACGGCGCCCCGCUCAGCGACUCGGACGACGUCGACGGUGUGCCGCUGGACGGCGCCGCCCUCCUGAAGAAGGCCCGCCGUCAGGGCCAGGCCGACGCCGCCGACGACGAUGAUGACGUGGAUGGCGUGCCGCUGGAGGAGGUGGACGGAUCGGCGGCGGCGGCGGAGGGGCCGUCGGCGGCGCGCACGACGGAGGCGCCGGGCCGCGCCGCCGGCGGCUUCGUUCCGUCGCGCUGGGAGACGGUCGACCCGCACGAGGUGGCGGCCGGCGCCGUCACCACCUCCAAGUGGGAGGCGGUGGCGGCGGCGCCCAGCCCGGCGGCGCCGGCGGCCGCCGACAGCGACGGCGACGAGGAUGUGGACGGCGUGCCGCUGGACGAGCCGGCCGACGAGGACUCGCGCAGCCAGGGCAACACCAACACGGCGCCAGGGUCGCCUGUCGGCGACGCCUCCGAGCAGAGACGGGUGAAGCUGCGCGAGGUGGAGCUGAAGGUGAUGGCCUACCAGGAUGACCUGGAGUCGGGUCAGCGCUCGGUCAAGACCGGCUACACGCUGCAGGAACAGGUGCAGCACUACCGGGCCAAGCUUAUGCGCAAGGCGGAGCGGCAGCUCUCGGACCGCAAGCGGCGCCGCGACCGCAGCGCGUCCAGCUCGGACGGCGAGAGCCACCACUCGUACCCGAGCCGGCGCCGCUCGCGCUCGCCCAAGGCGGACAGGCCACGCCGCCGCUCGCGGUCUCACUCACCGCGCCGCCGGCGUCGCUCCAAGGCGGAGCGGCAGCUCUCGGACCGCAAGCGGCGCCGCGACCGCAGCGCGUCCAGCUCGGACGGCGAGAGCCACCACUCGUACCCGAGCCGGCGCCGCUCGCGCUCGCCCAAGGCGGACAGCCGCAAGAUCCGCAAGAAAUCCAAGCGCUGA